CCGUCGACUUCCUCUCGACUGCAACUAAACCUCCCAACUUCCCCCCCCGAGUAGUAGUUGGAUACUCUGCUUCUUGUCCCGAUACCCAUCCCACCCCCGUUUAAUGUUCCUCCCGGGAGGCUUAUCCUGCGCACUGUGUAACUGCUGAGUGUGGCCGUCUCCAUUAUUUCUACCGGCUGCAUUGCAGAGAUCUUCUCAACUAUCCAUCCCGCAUUGGCGAGCGCCCCAUUAGAUCAAGCUCGAUUUCUUGUGUCCCCAUCCCACCUGCGAUCCAUCGCAACCCCCUCGAGAUCUCCUUUCCCCGCGAUUGUCACGGCCCGGCUUGCCAGAUGUCCAGUCCGCCGUUCACGGUCAAAGCGGUCUUCGAAUACGCUUCAGACCAUGCGGAUGACCUGACGUUCUCCAUCGGCCAGAUCAUAACAGUGAAAGAGCAGGAGGACGACGAUUGGUAUUUCGGAGAGUAUACGGACAGUUCAGGCUCCAGAAAGGAAGGUCUCUUUCCAAAGAACUUCGUGGAGAAAUAUGACCCUCCAGCUCCUCCCAGGCCAACGCGCCCUGUCAGGGCCAAAAAGGAAUCAGAGGUUGUUGCUGCCCUUGAGCCGGUAGACUUCCCGGCCGCGGAGAGCAUGGCAGCACCUGAGCCAGAACCCGAGCCAGAAGCUGAACCGGAACCUGUCCCAGAGAAAGAGCUUGCUCCUCAGAGAGUAGUUUCUCCUCCUCCAGCAGCUGCAGCUCCCGCUCCUCAAAUUCCCGCCUCGCCUCCGAAACAGGCCCCUGUUCCCGCUCCGGCGCAGCCCUCAGCAGAACCACCGCAGAACUCCGCCUCCAAGCCUCCGCCCCCAGCCAAGCCCACUGGCUCGUCCUUCAGGGAUCGCAUUGCAGCAUUCAACAAGCCAGCAGCGCCCCCCAUUGCGCCGUUCAAACCUGGUGGGCUGAGCUCGCAGACUUUCAUCAAGAAGCCGUUCGUUGCCCCGCCUCCAAGCAAAGAUGCAUACGUUCCCCAACCUAGAGAACCUCCUCCCAAGAUCUACCGGCGGGAAGAGGAUACCGAAGUUGUCAAUCGUGAGCCUCCGGUGUCAGAGAGUCGACCUGUCUCACACGAUACUUCUGAAGGUGCCACCGAGGAGCAACCCAAGCCCACUAGCUUGAAGGAGCGGAUUGCUUUGUUGCAGCAGCAGCAAUUGGAGCAGGCGGCUCGCCGUGCCGAUGCAGCAUCCAAGAAAGAGAAACCCAAGAAGCCACCCCCAAAGAAGCGGGCACCGUCGCAAGAACGGGCCUCGGCGGAGAGUGUGGAAAUGGAACGGACCGACACGGAUGAAACUGCAAGGGAUCCUGCUACUGAAGUUGCUAAAGCCCAACAGCCAUCGCGGGAACUUAUGAGCGAUACUAAUGACGCCGAUUACUCCGCCGCGGCUGACACCGAAGAUGCAGAUGAAACAUCUACGAGUAAGGAGGAUGCGGAAGAUCGCCCUUCGCGGGAACCCAAAGAAAGCAAAGAAGAGGGCCACGAAGAGGAGGAAGAAGGAGAGGGAGAGGAGGAAGAGGAGGAGGACGAAGAGGACGACAUUGACCCUGAGGUCAAGCGCAGAAUGGAGCUUAGGGAGCGCAUGGCUAAGAUGAGCGGCGGUAUGGGCAUGAUGGGCAUGUUCGGCCCUCCCGGUGGUCUGCCUGGGAUGCCUCCUGCUGGAGCUCGAAAACCAAAGCCGCCAGCUCCUGAAAGAAAGCAGUCUGCUGAUUCUCAGAGAGCGGAUCCGGCGGCCUAUGCACCUCCUGUUCCUAUCAUGGCUCUGCCUGGAAUGAAUGCCCGGAAGGCACCUGAACCCGUGCCUCAAGUAGAGAAGGAAGAAGAUACUCAAGUGGUUUCUAUUACUGAGCAACAUCCUGCAGACGAAGUAUCUGAUAUCGAGGAUGUCGCUCCUGCGGAGACUUCUCGUGCCUCGAUCGACAGACCAGCUCCGCCUCCGCCUCAAGAACGUCCAGUGCCUCCUCCAAUCCCUUCAGAGCAGCCUACAUCGGCGCCACCUGUGCCAGAAGCCCGACCCAUUCCACCGCCGCCGCCAAGGUCUCCUGUCUCAAGUAAAGGCGAAGAGUCAGACGACGAAUUGUCUGUCCAUGCCAGGAAUUUGUCUCUGAACGCUGUAGCUGUUGGCCAGACUCCUGCAAGGUCUGCACCUCCUGUUCCAGACCAGGAAACAUCUCCCCGAUCACCAAAUCGUUCAUCCGUAUACAUCGCUACCUCACCGAAAUCCCCAACCGCCGUUUCCGAAAAGAGGCUCAGUCGACCUCCCCCACCGAUUCCUACCAAUCCGCCUCAGUCUCCUACUCAAACUAGAGCACCUCCCCCCGUGCCUUCGAUGAGCCGUAGAUCCACAACUGACAGCAAGGCGACCAGUGUGCCCUCUGCCGCCCAUCAAGCUGGAGAAGGCAGCGAAGGAGAGGUGACGGAAUAUGACGGAGAUUACGAUACUGAUAUCGCCUCCGGUGCAAAAUUCAAGGACGCGCUCACUGCUCAUGGACGUGAUUCGAGCAUAGAUGAUGGUACUAUUACUGACGAGCCCUCCCUUCAAUCACCUGUAGCUCCAGAGUCCCGACCUCCACCUCCUCCACCAAGUGUUCCAAGGGCAGUACCGCCGCCUCCUCCAAGUCAACCUCCGAAGAGCAGGGGAUCUGUGGAUAUGCCGAGGGCGCCGCCGCCACCGCCCCCUGCUCCCAGGGAGCAAUCGUUUGAAGACGACGAGUAUGACCCCUACCGUUACAAUGCUCCUUCUUCUCGUCACGGCGCUCCUCCUACGCCUCUCUCUCAGCCACGAACAGCGGAGACAUACGAUGAGCUCUAUGAUACCUCCCCAGUGCAGACUCAGAGUCAGCCACCGCCGCCUCCACCACAUGACAGGCGGUCGUCUGUUGCUCCUCCGCCUCCUACCCAAGGUUCAUCUGGACCCCCUCCUUCAUCGCGGGGAUCUCGCCAGUCUGUUGAUCUUCUAAGAAACCAGGGAGGAAACAGCCGGAGGUCCAUGGAUAUUUCGCGCCCAUCUCUGGACCAAGGAUAUAUAGCGAUGGAUGUGGAUCUUGGCCAGGCAAGUCUCUGGUGGACAGCACCAAACACUCUUCCUCCUGUGUUUCAGAACAGGAAAGAUCUUCUCUACGAGAUUGAGGAAUCGAGCUUCACCAAGCGAGGCGGUAAAACUAUUAUCUCAAAGGAUGUCUACGUUCUUUUCAUGGACUAUUCUCAGACAGUUAUUACUGUCCAGUACGACGCCAGAAGUCCUUCUGAUGCUUCGUUUGAACAGCGCCAUGAGCCCCCUCCCAACAGACCGCGCCAAGAUCAGUUAGAGCAAGCUCACCUGCAGUUUGGCACCCGUAUCUCGGAUGCUGUCAACGCAGUUCAGAAUACUACUGUCGCCGACGGGACACCUCACGCAUUGGUUCAGCACCUUAUCUCCCCACUUAAGGACGCGCUGCUUCCUGUGGGAAUACGGGCCUAUGGUGCUCUUGUGUACUCCAACCUGGCCAAUGCAUCUGUACAGCAGAAUGACGAGAUUCGUGCCGGUGAUAUUGUCAGUUUCCGCAAUGCACGUUUCCAGGGCCACCGCGGGACUAUGCAUCAGAAGUAUAAUACCGAGGUCGGGAAACCAGACCACGUCGGUGUCGUUGUGGACUGGGACGGGACAAAGAAGAAGAUUCGUGCAUGGGAGCAGGGUCGGGAGAGCAAGAAGAUCAAGAUGGAGAGCUUCAAACUCGGUGAUCUGAAAAGUGGAGAGUGCAAGGUGUGGAGAGUCAUGCCGCGCAGUUGGGUCGGCUGGGACAGUGGGAAGGAGUAAUUUAUUCUGGAGAUACGGAAGAUACUCCGGAACCUCCUAUUAAUCCAGGUAAUUUUGGGUCUCUCAUACGGUUCGAAGACAAUGUCGACGGCGGAAUCCUCCUUUCUCCCCCAGUUGUCACCGUAUAGCCCACGCAAAUAAGUCACCGAAAUCAUCACGAUGUAGAUGUCCCUUUUGUUUGCCCCUUUUCAC